GUUUCGUAGAACCGUGGAAUAAGUUGUGUGUGGUGUAGAGCUGCGGUAGUACAGUACGGAAAUUUAAAGCAAAACCAAUUCAAACAUGCCAGACUGGAGAGAACGUGACGAUUCGGACCGCGGGUAUGGCGGCGGCGGUGGUGGUGGUGAUAGCUACAGCUAUGACCGGGAACGCCGGGACUACCGUAGCGACCGUGGCGGAUACGACCGUAAUGGCGGUGGCGGUGGCGGAGGAUAUCGUUCGGGCGGUUACGGAGGCCGCCGUGAUGACGAUGGUGGCUACCGUGGUGGUGGCGGUGGCGGCGGCUACCGUGGCAAUGGAGGCGGUGGUGGUGGCGGUGGCAGCCGCGGCCCGCCGAGGAUUGACCCGGCGACGGCCAAGACCGAGGUGUUUGAGGUCGAAGCCGACAAGGUUAAGUUCAUAAUUGGUCGCGGCGGUAACAAGAUCCGCGAAAUCCAGGACCGUUGCCGUGUGUCGGUGCAGAUUGACAAGGCUCGCAACGAGAACGGCGCCAAUAAUGUGUCAGUCAUGGGCGAUCAGCUGAACAUUGACCGUGCACGGGAUAUGAUCAAUACCAUCAUUAACGAUGAUCGACGGGACCGCGAGGACGACCGGCGGCGUGACGGUGUUUCCAUGGCCUUCUAAGGUGCAUCUCUCGGGAACGAUGUUUCAAUGGAUGUCCAGUGCGGCGGUUUUGGUGGUGAUCAGCCCCACGUACAACGACGACGUGCGAUGGAAGUGAAGAAGCAGCUGUGGAAGAAAGUAAAGAUGGGAAGAGAAAAGUAAGCAAAGUGCAGAAGGAAGGAGUAUGCUGCAGUUCGUAACAUAUAUUAAACAAUAUAAAACCCAGAUCAACGUAUGGAAGAAGAAAAAACAAAAGUCAACCCGAAGCGAAACAUGUCGCGGUAAUAUGCAAGAGAAACACGAUUCAAUCAGUAAUACCCGGCGCGAUAGAGACACACGUGUUCCCCGGCAAGAAAGAUAAAGUACAAGAUUUUUCUUCAAUUGCAGCAAACUGUAAAUCGUUUUUAUUUCUACCCUCAAGACGCAUUAUUAAGUAAGAGAAAGCAAAAUAAGCAAACCGUCAAAGCGUUUCGUUACAAGUGAAAUAUGAAUGCGAAAAUUCCAAAUGCGGAGAGACGUAUGCGCGACAUGGUGCGAAACAGAGGAAAACAAAGAUCGCAAAAGGAAAUGUGAAAAGAAUCCAUCCCUCUCACCCCCGGUAGCAAAGUUUUUAGUGUAUGGACAGGAGAUCUCAAUCUUGCGACGUAGCGAAGAAAAAAAGGCGCGCAGUUCCAUUGCAUUUCUAUUUGUGUCCGAUAGCGAACAGAGAACAGGUAGGACAGACGAUGCGUGUACAUGUGUGUGUGUAUGUGUAUGUGCAUUUGAUUGAUGAUUUAGAAGGAACAUUAGAUAAGCUUCACAGACCACACACAAACACUCAGAGAGCGAGGGAGGAAAGGAGAAAAGUAAGUGUAGGUAGUAUAUGCGCGUCGCCGCACAUGCGAUGACGAUCCGGAUAAACAUUGCGAUUGUACAGUUUAUCUCCUACGUAUUUACUUAUCUUUUAAUCUAUCGGACGCUCCUCUCGAAUCGUGUGUCGUAUCCUUUAUCGUGUACAUUUGACGAGACUGAUUCCAUUUGUUUUUCUUUUUUAUAAUUUAAUAUUGUGCUAAUCGAUCGUGUAUGUAGGUGAGCGCCUCUUUUCCGUUUUCUUUAUCAUUUUGUGCUCCAGAGGCCUCCACAAAAUAGUAAGACCGUUGAUUGAUAUUCCCACAACAAAGUUUUCCAUUCGUUCCUCUCUGAUUAAUUAUUACGUACGUAUACCGUUAAAUAUGGAUUUUUAAAGCUAUAACUGAAUGGGAAAAAAUGCGGAACAACAGAAGGAUUUAAUGGGUUUAGCUUUUAUCAUCGUACUGUAAAACCGCCUAAAGCGGUGGUUUGUAGAAUUGUGGAAAAGCAUCUAAGGGAGGGGAUGUGAAAUGGGAAAUACUUUUACUAACAAUCGAAGCGGAAAAUUGUACUAUCCGGACCAAACUCGGCGGAAAACUAAGAUAUAGAACAAAGCAGAAACACAGUAAUGCGUAUUAUGGCAGGAAACAAUUUACGGCUCUCCACUCAGCAAACGGCGAAGCAUUAAACAAGAUUAGCAAGCAAGAAGAAGCAUGUGAAACAUACGCAGAACAAUAUAUAAACGGUGUGAAAUGACAA